AUGGCCGCCCGCAAUUCAAACUCGCGUGUUCCCAUCGGCCGGAAAAUCGACCCGUUGUUGCCAUAUUCAAUCAUGUCGGAAAAGACGAAGAAGCCCCGACUUCGCAUGCGCUCUCUGCUCGGCCAUUGCCACUAUCGCAGAGUACUGACUUGGCUCCUCGCCGCUGGCUUCCUUGUAACCCUCGUCUUCGUCAAGUCGAGAAACUCUGGAUACAAUGUCGGUGGCUACCUGUCCAAGGGCUCCAGGACACAGGCUCCCAUCGCGACCGCGACGGUCGUGAAUUCCAAUGGCGAGACCGUUGUCAUGCUCACUGGCGAUAUGGACGGUGAUGGAAAGCUCGAGACUGUCCCCGAGGACGAGUACGUUACCGACGAUGAGAAGAAGGAGCGUCUUGAGCAACUCCAGAAAAUGCCCUGGCUCAAGUUCCCUCACCUUGAUGGAUACUUCCAUGGUCUCCGAACCAUAGUCAGCAAGGUCAACCUCCAGCCCGAAUACCCCAACACCACCGACAAGGCUCCUCUUCCCUCGCCUGCCAUGAGUGAUCAUGUACCUAAGCCACAGCGCUACAGCCCCUACAAUCAUGACAGCGAUGUCAAGACCUGUUAUCUCGAUGCCAAGAAGACUGUCCCAGCUCCGGAUCUGUACGCCUACAACGGUGUUCCUCAGCACAUGCCCGACCCCGGCAUGGGUUCUUUCAAGCUAUUGGGCAUCAGGGAUGAUAUUUGCUUCGACCGAUUUAGUCGCUACGGUCCCUAUGGCCUGGGCUACAGCAGGGCCCACGGUGGAUUGGACACAGGUCUCGAUACCGAGAGUGUCGGAAGCGAGACGGUGUGGGCUGAGACUGGCAAGAUCGAUUAUACUGAGGUGAACUGGGCUGAGGCCCAGGACGCUUGUUACCAAGCAAACAUCCACCGCUUCCCUCAAGUCGACGCCUCGACCGGUGAGCUGCAAAACAACGGUAAGAAGGGCCGGAUCGCCGUUGUCAUCCGUACCUACACCGGCUUCAAGUGGACAGAACUGGCUGUUCUCAACUUCCGUGCCCUGAUCAACGAGCUCUCUCUGAAAUCCGGUGGUGAGUACCAGGUCCACUUUCUGAUGCAGGUCCGCAACAUCGACGAGCCCAUCUGGUCCGACAAGUGGACAGUGCAGCGAAUCAUCAACGACAAUGUUCCCGCCGAGUUCCGUGGCUUGGUUUCGCUCUGGAGCGAACCUCAAAUGAGGUUGAUGUAUCCCGGACGAUUCGGAGAGACCAUCGAGAACCCUAGUGGUGCCGACAUCCAUGGCAUCUACCGCAGCGCCCAUUUCCCCCUCCAGGUUUUCGCCCUGCAGCAUCCCGAGUACGCGCACUUCUGGAAUUGGGAGAUGGACAUGCGUUAUCUUGGCAGCUACUACGAGUUCUUCGAUCGCCUGGGCAAGUGGGCCGCUAAGCAGCCCCGAACCCUUCUCUGGGAGCGCAGUGCGCGUUACUACAUCCCGGCGUUCCAUGGUUCUUGGGAGAACUUUACGGACACGGUCCAGAAGGACACAAUUGCCUCUGGCCGCGCCCCCAUCUUUGGUCCCCUGUCAUUCGAGGGCAAGGCACAGCUGCGACACGAUGAGUGGGGCCAGACUAUGAUGCCCGCCUCGUGUGGUGUGGACGCCGACCGAUCUAAGUGUGGUGUUGGCGAGGAAGCCGACAUCAUCACUCUCAACCCACUCUUCGACACCGAGCAGUCUGGUUGGGUUUUCUCCGACGACGCAACAGGCUACAAGACUCCUCCUCCCCGCCGCUGCGCCAUUAUCACUGCCUCACGUCUGAGCCGUCGUCUACUCAUGGCCAUGCACGAGGAGGUUUGGCGAUUCCACCACACUGCGUUCUCAGAAAUGUUCCCUCCCACCGUCGCUCUGCACCACGGAAUGAAGGGUGUCUUCGCUCCCCACCCCGUGUUCCUCGACCGUGCCUGGUAUCCCUUCAGCGAGAUCGACGCGGCCUUCAACGCCGGUCGCGAUCACUCGACGUCAGGACCCGGCAGCCCCUUCGACCAGCUCAACGAGCACAACCACAAGGGAACCAGCUGGUACUUCAACAGCGAGUUCGCCGGUCUCCUAUGGCGCCGGUGGUUGGGUUAUGCGCAAAUGGAUGGACGUGGCAGGGGCGGUGGUCGUGCCAAUGAGGGCCGCGAGCGAGGUGGUAAGACGGAGGAGCUGGACACGACAAGCAGCGGCCGACUUUGUAUGCGUGGAGUGCUGGUUCAUCCCAUCAAGUUUGAGCAUCCUUCCGAGAAGCCGUAA